UUUUUAAACUGCUGGUGUACGUAUUGUUUUGCAAGAACUUUUUUUUAGCAUGGCCCAGUAGGAGUGGCGAAGAGAGCAAACAGGCUGGAACCAAUCGAGGAAAAAGGGUGGUCCGGCUGCUGUUUACCUUUGACCCCCUCCGGAGGGAUGUCGGGAUAACGUUGGUUAACGUCUACCAACGUUCCCUGACACCGACUACGUGUAUCACAGCCAAUCGGAGAACGUGUACGUGAAAGAAAAUCUCGAGGCUGUUACCGAAAAUGACUGGCUUACAGGCAGAAAACGCUUCAGUCUUUGAUUAGCCAUGAGACAGUGCAAUUUGGAGGAUCUUCUUUUUUGUGUCUUUUAAAAAAAGAAAAAUCUCCAACAGAACACAAGGAUACAGUUGAUUAAGGGAUACAAGUAAUUAUUGCUGCAUUCCGUGGCCACGCUCUUACAAAUAAAAAAAGUGAUGAUUCUUGUUCCCGUGAAAGUGGUACCAUCACGCAAGCCACUAUGCGACCGGUGAAAAUAUUUUUGGGACAAAUACAUUGAUUCCUGGCAGAGAAGUGUAUUUAAGAAAUAACAGAGAUAAAGCAUAAACUGUGCAAAUAAAUUGAAAACAAUACUUAAUCAUGCUACGUGGAAAGUCAAAGAAAUCUGAUCAAGAGGAUCGAGAUGCUGAGGGAAAGCAAAGAAGACCAAAGUGUGCGCGUUGCAGAAAUCAUGGUCUGAUCUCAUGGCUUCGUGGUCACAAGAGAGAGUGUCGUUACAGAGAGUGUCUUUGUCCUAAGUGUUCCCUGAUUGCAGAAAGACAGAGAGUAAUGGCUGCCCAGGUGGCCCUGAAGAGACAGCAGGCAGCCGAAGACGCCAUCGCCCUGAGUAUGGCAAAGGUAGCUACAGGUCAGAAACUAACACGACUUCCUCCAGGUAAAAUUUUUGGUAUGGCUGUCACGGAACCGAACUCUCUUCUUCGGGGCAGCGAGGAGACUUCCGGUACCGUUGGCAUCCUGACUGUAGCGUCCGAAGAACGUGAAGACACCUGCCCCAGGGAGUCUAAGGACAAGUUGCCGGUGAAGGAGUCUACCUUGUCCAAUGCAGCACAGGAGAGUCAGAAUACCGAAGAGACGUCUACCGGAAAAUAUAAGAACCUUCUCUUCAAUAUUAAUAAAACCAGUGGUGACUGCACCAAGGAACCAACAGUCUCUCAAACCUCCAUAGAAACCCUAGCGCGUUUAUUCCCAAGCACCAAACUGUCUGUACUGCAACUCGUGCUGCAGAGAUGUGGUCAGGAUUUGCUCAAGGCCAUCGAAUACUUCGCUAGUCAAAGCGGUCUAGGUGGUCCCACAUCCGCUUUUCGUCCACCGGCCAGUAAACCGGAAACUACGACUCCUGAGGUUUCAAGCCUGUUUCCACUACCACCAAUCUACUCCAAUUUGUCACGAAAUCUUUAUGGCGAUGGUUAUUGUCUUCUGGUUCCUGAACCAAAGAGUCUGGGAGAACCCGGAACUGGAUGUAACAGUUUUUCCUUCGGUAAAGCUACAGGACACGAUCCGGAUAGUGUUGCUUUUAACGUACAAUAUAACAAUUAUUUUAAUUCCAAUGUUCAACAAUUGCGUGAACACGUUUGCAAUCAGAUUAUAGAUCAUCCUCAUAGAUCAGGACUACUUCAUCUACCACCCAUCAUACCGGGGAUUCCCUGCGUACAGCCAAACUGUACACAGUGCUAUAAAUUUGUCUAAGUUAUCCUUCAAUUAGGUAUUCAUAUAAUAUAAUAUCUUAUGCUGUGGUAGAUUAGAAAGAUGCCAAAGAAAAGCUUAUAACGUAUCACACUCCUAGUUGUAUUAAUAAAUUAUUCAUAUUCGUUCAACAUCUUUCAUUUUUAAUUGAUAUGAAUAACCUUUCUCCAUUUGAGUUAGCUAUCCCUGUUAUCUAAUAAACACCAACGAUAUAGGUAGCUAAGGCAAAUACAUAUAACUUAUUAAAAUUCUACCGAUGUUUCAGGAAAAACGUUCGCGUCCUGUUUGCCAUAUUUGCUGGAGUAAUAGAGCGACAGUAAUUGAGUUAGAGAGAUUCGAUUUGUCGUACAAACAGAAUCAAUAACCCGUAUCGAGCGAUUGAUGCUUGGGGCGGUUUACUUUGGCUUUAGUUGCUGAGAAGAGAAAAUAGGAGGUCUCUGUUCCCUGGGGAUGUUCCUGGCGGUGAUGCAGCGUUGUGCUUUGAAUUACUAAGCAUACAUGAAAUUUAACACCGCCCUAGGAAACCAGAUCCGUUUGCACAGAUUCUACAGUAUUGGGCCGCGAAAUUUGUCUUCCUUUUUAAUC